AUGUCAUCAGAAGAAGCAGUAGUUUUAACGUCAGCAAAACGAAAUGCACGUUUCAUCACAUUAAAUCGAGUCCGUAAAUUAAAUUCUUUAAAUACAGAAAUGGUUUCACUCAUAACACCAAAUUUAUUAAAAUAUGCAAAAGAACCAAAUCAAUGUGUUAUCAUAUUAAAUUCCAACUCUCCUAAGGCUUUAUGUGCCGGUGGUGAUGUAGCGGAAGUUGCUAAUCAGAUAGUCAAAAAAAACCCCAAUUAUGGUGCAGAUUUCUUUGAUAAGGAAUAUAAUCUCGAUUAUAUAAUUUCAACAUUUCCAAAACCUUAUAUUUCAAUAAUGGAUAAUAUUACUUUUGGUGGGGGAGUUGGAUUAUCAGUGCAUGCACCAUUUAGAAUCGCGACUGAAAGGACAAAAUUAGCUAUGCCUGAAAUGGAUAUUGGUUUUUUUCCAGAUGUUGGUACUACAUUUUUUUUGCCUAGAUUAGAUGAUAAAUUGGGAUAUUAUAUUGCAUUGACAAGUUCUGUUUUAAAAGGUGAAGAUGCUUAUUUUAGUGGAUUUGCAACUCAUUAUAUAAAAUCUGAAAAAAUUGGACAAUUGACUAAUAGAUUGGCAGAUUUACAACCUGCUGAAAGUGGUUAUUUUGAUCAAGUAAAUCAAAUAUUGAAUGAAUUUCAAGAUGAGUUGCCUAAAGAUUAUCAAUAUUUCUUAUCUACAGAUGAGAUUAAAAUUAUUAAAGAUGCAUUUUCAAAAUCUACAAUUGAUGAAGUUUUAGAAUACUUUAAGACGGAAGGCUCUGAAUUUUCAAAAAAGACCUUAAAGACCCUAUUAACAAAACCAAGAACAUCUAUUGCUAUCGGACACGAACUCAUGAAUCGUGGAUUAAAAAAUACAAUCAAGGAACAAUUUGAAUUAGAAAUGGUUGCAGCUACUAAUAUAAUGACUAUCCCUGCUGAAUCUAAUGAUUUUGCAAAGGGAGUAGUCCAUAAAUUAGUAGAUAAGAUCAAAGACCCAUUCUUUCCAAAAUGGAAUGAUCCAAGCAUAGUUACCUCCGAAUUUAUAAAUAAAAUAGUUACCAAAUCUGAAACUACUAAGAAGUAUUUACCUGAUGUUCUUAUUCAAAAAUGGUUUGGUGUAGAUUAUAGUCAAUAUCCUUAUAAUUAUGGAUUACCUAGAAAUAAAGAAGUUAGUGAUUUUAUAGCAGGUACUGAUGGUUCAAAUAGAACUUAUUUACCUACUCCUAAUGAAGUAUUUAAACAUUUUAAAGGAAAAUCAGGAAUUGAGUUGAAAGUUAAACAAUUGUUGGAUUUACAUGGUGAAACUGCAAAAUAUGAUCAUAAGUAUGUUACAUGGAAAGAUUAA